AUGUACUUCCUCCUUUUCAGGAGCUACAGCCUGUGCCUCUCCAUCUCCUUUUGGGAAAUACCAUCUGUGCCACCCCGUCUGGGCUUUUGGGAAAUAUCGCCUGUGCCACCAUCUGGGCUCUUGGGAAAUAUCGCCUAUGCCUCCGUUGGGGCUUUUGGGAAGUAUCGCCUGUGCCACCGUCUGGGCUUUUGGGAAGUAUCGCCUAUGCCACCGUCUGGGCUUUUGGGAAAUAUCGCCUGUGCCACCGUCUGGGCUUUUGGGAAAUACCGCCUGUGCCUCUGUUGGGGCUUUUGGGAAAUAUCGCCUGUGCCACCGUCUGGGCUUUUGGGAAAUAUCGCCUGUGCCACCGUCUGGGCUUUUGGGAAAUAUCGCCUGUGCCACAUCAUCUGGGCUUUUGGGAAGUAUCGCCUGUGCCACCGUCUGGGCUUUUGGGAAGUAUCGCCUAUGCCUCCGUCGGGGCUCUUGGGAAGUAUCGCCUGUGCCACCGUCUGGGCUUUUGGGAAAUAUCGCCUGUGCCACCAUCUGGGCUCUUGGGAAAUAUCGCCUAUGCCACCGUCUGGGCUCUUGGGAAAUAUCGCCUGUGCCACACCGUCUGGGUUUUUGGGAAAUAUCGCCUGUGCCACUGUCUGGGCUUUUGGGAAAUAUCGCCUGUGCCUCUGUUGGGGCUUUUGGGAAAUAUCGCCUGUGCCACCGUCUGGGCUUUUGGGAAAUAUCGCCUGUGCCUCCAUUGGGGCUUUUGGGAAAUAUCGCCUGUGCCACACCGUCUGGGUUUUUGGGAAAUAUCGCCUGUGCCACUGUCUGGGCUUUUGGGAAAUAUCGCCUGUGCCUCUGUUGGGGCUUUUGGGAAAUAUCGCCUGUGCCACCGUCUGGGCUUUUGGGAAAUAUCGCCUGUGCCUCCAUUGGGGCUUUUGGGAAAUAUCGCCUGUGCCACACCGUCUGGGUUUUUGGGAAAUAUCGCCUGUGCCACUGUCUGGGCUUUUGGGAAAUAUCGCCUGUGCCUCUGUUGGGGCUUUUGGGAAAUAUCGCCUGUGCCACCGUCUGGGCUUUUGGGAAAUAUCGCCUGUGCCACCGUCUGGGCUUUUGGGAAAUAUCGCCUGUGCCUCCAUUGGGGCUUUUGGGAAAUAUCGCCUGUGCCUCCAUUGGGGCUUUUGGGAAAUAUCGCCUGUGCCUCUGUUGGGGCUUUUGGGAAAUAUCGCCUGUGCCACCGUCUGGGCUUUUGGGAAAUAUCGCCUGUGCCUCCAUUGGGGCUUUUGGGAAAUAUCGCCUGUGCCUCCAUUGGGGCUUUUGGGAAAUAUCGCCUGUGCCUCUGUUGGGGCUUUUGGGAAAUAUCGCCUGUGCCACCGUCUGGGCUUUUGGGAAAUAUCGCCUGUGCCUCCAUUGGGGCUUUUGGGAAAUAUCGCCUGUGCCACUGUCUGGGCUUUUGGGAAAUAUCGCCUGUGCCUCUGUUGGGGCUUUUGGGAAAUAUCGCCUGUGCCACAUCAUCUGGGCUUUUGGGAAAUAUCGCCUGUGCCACUGUCUGGGCUUUUGGGAAAUAUCGCCUGUGCCUCUGUUGGGGCUUUUGGGAAAUAUCGCCUGUGCCACAUCAUCUGGGCUUUUGGGAAGUAUCGCCUGUGCCACCAUCUGGGCUCUUGGGAAAUAUCGCCUAUGCCUCCGUUGGGGCUUUUGGGAAAUAUCGCCUGUGCCACAUCAUCUGGGCUUUUGGGAAGUAUCGCCUGUGCCACCAUCUGGGCUCUUGGGAAAUAUCGCCUGUGCCACACUGUCUGGCUUUUUGGGAAAUAUCGCCUGUGCCACCAUCUGGGCUCUUGGGAAAUAUCGCCUAUGCCUCCGUUGGGGCUUUUGGGAAAUAUCACCUGUGCCUCCAUUGGGGCUUUUGGGAAAUAUCGCCUGUGCCACCGUCUGGGCUUUUGGGAAAUAUCGCCUGUGCCUCCAUUGGGGCUUUUGGGAAAUAUCGCCUGUGCCACUGUCUGGGCUUUUGGGAAAUAUCGCCUGUGCCACCGUCUGGGCUCUUGGGAAAUAUCGCCUAUGCCUCCGUUGGGGCUUUUGGGAAGUAUCGCCUGUGCCACCGUCUGGGCUCUUGGGAAAUAUCGCCUAUGCCUCCGUUGGGGCUUUUGGGAAACCCGUUGGGGCUUUUGGGAAGUAUCGCCUGUGCCACCGUCUGGGCUCUUGGGAAAUAUCGCCUAUGCCUCCGUUGGGGCUUUUGGGAAGUAUCGCCUGUGCCACAUCAUCUGGGCUCUUGGGAAGUAUCGCCUGUGCCACAAUGUCUGGGCUCUUGCUUCUGCCUCCAUCUCUUGAAGACAGUCUCCCUCAAGUCUUCUGGCCUCCUGGCUAAACAUUCCCAGCUCCUUCAUUUGCUUGUCGUCAAGAUGAUUUCAAGUUUUACCUC